AUGUUUUUGUUACGUUUUGUGGCUCUAGCCACUACCGCUGCUGGCUACGUAGUCACGACUCUGGUCAAUGACAAGGCGAUUUGCUAUCUAUACCCGGAGUCUCUAAGAUACGACGGCGAAGCAGUGGACGAUGCACCAUCCAUCCACCAGGCCUUCCAAACAUGCGGCCAAAACGGCGAUGUCAUCUUCACCGAUGGUAUAUUUAACAUUAAAUCUGUGAUGAACACGACAAACCUGGCCAACUGCGACGUCACUCUACAAGGCGAGCUCCGCUUCUCAACAGACAUCGACUACUGGCUUUCUCAUUCCUACGACGUUGUAUUCCAGAACCAGUCAACAGCCUGGCUCUUCGGCGGCGAGAACGUGACCUUCCGCGCAGACGGCGGCUGGUACAACGGCCAAGGUCAAGCGUGGUACACAGAGAACCAGAACCAAAGCAACCAACCCGGUCGACCGAUCAGUAUUACAUUCUUCGAAUCGAAGAACCUCCUAGUGGACGGUCUGCGGAUUAUCCAGCCCCAGUUCUGGGCGACAUUCGUGACAUAUAGUUACAACGUCUCGAUUAUAAACCUCUACGUCAACGCAACAAGCAACGACCAAUGGGGCACGGUGAACACAGACGGCUACGACUCGUGGAACAGCGACACGCUCCUCGUCGAGAACGCCGUCAUCCAGAACGGCGAUGACUGCAUCGCCGCCAAGGGAAAUACAACAAACCUCCACGUCAAGAACGUCACCUGCUAUGACAAUUUCGGCAUGACUAUCGGCUCUGUGGGCCAAUAUCCCGAUAUGCCGGACUACGUCGGGAACGUCACUUUCGAAGACGUGAAAUGCUACAACUGCAUGGAAGGCGCAUUUAUCAAAACCUGGCAAGGCGUCCCUGCCGGCGAUGACAACCUCAACGGCGACGCCGGAGGUGGAGGCAGCGGGCUAAUCAAGAACGUUACCUGGCGCAAUUUCGAAAUGACGAAUGUCGCAUUGCCAAUCCAGAUCUCGCAGUGUAUCUAUACCGAGGCUGAUGGCAAGUAUUGCAAUACGUCCAAGAUGGCUAUCGAGGAUAUUACGUGGUCGAAUAUCAAGGCUACGACCAGGUAUAAUGUUGGUGCUUCGAUUUACUGUUCUGAUGUUCAUCCUUGCCCUCGGAUUAAGUUUGAGAAUGUUGAGCUUGAGUCUGUGAACAGCACGCUUGGUUUGCCGAUGUACGGCACCACGUUGCAGGAUGAGGUUUAUCAGUGUACGAAUAUUGUUGGGCAGGAGGAUUCCGGUAUUCCUUGCAAUCGGGCUGCUCCGAAUGAUUAUAGUCAGGUUGUGACUAGGAAUAUUAAGGAGACUGACUGA